CACUUCAGCAUUCAGCACCGAGGCCAGAGUACCAGCGAGAAGCCCGGACCUUCUACAGCGCCUGAAACUAAACAGCAUCACCGAAAGAGCCCCGGGUUUUGACGGCAAUCCCGAUCCAGAGGCUUGAGACUCGCGCAGAGUGCCGUGGUUAUGUACGACGGGGCGAGAGUGCCCUCUCCUGAGGCUAGUGCAAAUGGUGCCCCGGGUGCCGCCACACGCCCCAAUGGCGACGAAGAACUGGAAGAAGAAGAAACUGCCCCACCGAAGCCCGUGCUGGUCAAGAAGGCUCGCCGUGAGAUCCUGGACCACGAGAGAAAGAGACGAGUGGAGCUAAAGUGCAUGGAACUGCAGGAGAUGAUGGAGGAGCAGGGAUACUCCGAAGAGGAAAUCAGGCAGAAGGUUGGGACAUUUCGGCAGAUGCUGAUGGAGAAAGAGGGAGUCAUAACCAGAGAAGGAUCUAAUCCCAGACCGCCGGUGACAGUUUUACCGCAUGUUGCUGAAGCGGAUGCAGAGGCAAGUGGGUUUGCUGAUGGCUAUGAGGAUGAAUACGACUGGCAUGGAGACUACUACGAUCGGGAUUCUGUCACCCACAAUGAAUAUAGAGACAAGAGGAAGUCCAGCAGCUCACCUUCUCCUCUACCUAAGAAAAGAAAGAAGAAGAAGGCAGAAGACACAGUCGGUCAUGUUGACAGCUCUUCUCCUACACGACGAGGAAAAAGGAAGAAGAGUGGCAAAAAGCACAAGAGAGACAGGUCCACAUCUGGGUCUAGAAGGAAAAGGAGACACAGAUCAGGCACACCAAAGAACAAACACAAAGACAAGAGCAAACUGAGAAAGAAAUCUCCAGCAGAGUGUACCAGCAGGAGGCCCCAGCGCAGAGGAAGCUGCUGCAGCACGCGCAGUGCCUCUGUCUCAUCCAUAGCCACUAUCUCCAGAUCCCCCAGCAGGUCCAACCUUAAGUACAGGACGGAGAGACAGAAGAGGUCUAGUCCCGGUGCGUCUCUGUCUCCCGGGUUGGAGAACGGCCACCACAGCGAACGAGUUCGCAACGGCAAACACUCGGGACUCGGCCAGCUAGACGGCGAGAAAAGCAACAAUGUAUGUACUCUCCUCUAUUUUGCCUCUGUGCCCCUUCGCCUGCACCAUUCACUCGAAUUCCCUCACCCAAAAUGGUUUCUCUUGCUCUGUCUGUCACUUUUGCCCAUAACUGACCUGACUGUUCGUUCUCACUCUUACAAGCAGGUCCUGACUGCACAACCAGUUGGAGGGAAUACCACUUUAUUGAAGUUACGGACAUUGGCUUCAUCCUCACCGAAUGAAGUGCAGAGGCAGACGCCACCUAAUGUACGGGAAGUGAAGAGCCACAGCGCCCUCUGUCGGAGCCCUGGACGACAACAGACCCAUGCUCAGCUUGGAGAGGCAGGAAAGGGAGAAGAAAGGCAACAGCGGGGUGGCAAGCUGUCCUCUGAGUCAUCAGGAAAACAGGCAGGACGGAGCUGCCACUCUCCUACCCAUAGCAGUGACUCCCAACUCGAUCUCCAGUCUAAAUCCAAGGGCAUUCAUGUGAAGAAAGCGAAAGGGUCUCAUUCAUCUAAGAGGCACCAUCAUAGUCGAGCCAUGAACCGGAGUGUGUCUGCGUCACCGACUCCACACCGUCACACGUCCAGCCGCAAAAAGAGCAAAUCAGGUCUACAGCAAAAAAGCAGCUCGUGGAGCAGUGCUCGCUCUUCAUCGCGCUCCAAAUCAAGAGAGCGCACGCAAAGCAAGACUAAGUCUCCGCAUGCUCGCCAGAAUAACUCGAGGGAGAGGGAUAGUCCUCACUACUCCGAUGGCGAGAGAACUCGCCGACGCUCUCGCAGUUAUUCUCCUAUUCGUAAAAGGAGAAGAGACUCACCCAGCUUUAUGGAAGCUCGCAGAAUCACCAGUGCACGCAAGAGGCCGAUACCAUACUACAGGCCUAGUCCGUCUUCCUCCAGCUCUUUGAGCAGCUACAGUAGCUCCGGCCGAAGCCGAAGUCGGAGUAGGAGUUAUGACAGCUACAGCAGCGACAGCCGGAGCAGAAGCAGAAAUCGGAGCAAAAGCAGGAGUAAAAGUCGGAGCAGGAACAGGGGCAGGAGCAGGAGCAGCAGUCAGUCACGAAGCCCCAGUCAGGCACACAGCUACUACAGUCACAGCAGCUAUGAGAGCCCUGGCUUCUGACAAGCUAAUGGAUGGAAAAAUCAAAGAAAUGAACAAUUCAAACAUUUCAGACUACCUUUCCUCGUAUCUGUGGUAAAUAAGUAAUUAUAUUAACUAUAAAGGUAUUACUGGCUGUGAGGAUGUUAUGGAAGAUUUCUUCUAUAAGAAAAGGUGACAAAAAAACCCAUUAUUAAACCCCAGAAUAAUUGUUCCAGCACAUGACGAUUCGAUCAUACAGCUACAAGUAAUACACAAAAUCCAAAACAAACCAGGAGAACUAAAGCCGGGAGAACAAAAAUAAAGCGAAGCACUUUUAUGGCCUGAGAUUUUUCCAAGUUACAAAGAACGAAAAAAGUUAAAUUAAACAGUCUAUAGAAAUUAGGAGAUGUGUAGCGAAGGACGAUAAAGAAGAAGCACCCAGCUGGGAGGAAUGUAACCCAACAGGGAUUGAAGGAGACGCCACAGCGUACAGUGAACACAUUCUGUAACAUUUUUGGCCGCCCCCCUUCCAAAGACUGACACACAAACACGCGAACGAACAAAUGUGAGAACAAACACAGACUGUAUUAAUGAUAUUCAUGAUAUUAAUGAUAUUUAUCUCAUGUUUUGCUAGUGGAAAACAGAACCGUGUGCUUUUCCAACAAAGUUUAUUAUACAGUACAUGCUCCGGGGAUGUUGACGUGUGAAGGUGUAAAAAGCUGCAAGCUCUGGCUGUAAACUAUGCACUGUAUAUCCAAACCUAUACGACAUAAGGCUUUGUGUGUGAAAAUGUUAGCAUGAUGCAGCAGAGGAGACGUUCGAGUACGAGCGCCUGACAACAACACCCCACACACACCUACACUUACACACACACACACACACACACACACACACACACACACACACACACACACACACACUUACACAGCUGUAAAUGUCCUUUUUCUUGGGUCUCCCUGACCGUUUCAUAUCGGAUACACCUGUAUGCAAAGACCUUUUAGAAGUGUAUAAUUUCGGUCACUACCCCACUUCGUUUAGCUGAGGGUAUUGCAUACAUAGUUGUAUCAGCUAUUUAGAGCUUUGAAUAAUUUAGUGCAUUAGUUCUGUACAGUUAUUAUUAUAAUAAUCAUUGGUGUUGUCAGUUUCUGUCCUUAAAACCAGACUGCAAAAACUGUCAUCCACACACACACACAAACACACACACACACACACACACACACACACACACACACACACACACACACACACACACACACACACCGUUUUGCUCAUACACUACGUAUUGAAAUCUGUAUUAUUUAUUUGCCUAAUUGUUUCUUAUUUAUUCAUUAUUUAUUUGAUAUUUAUUAUGUAUUUAUUCUGUGCUUAUUUAUGCGUUCUGAUAAACAUUCAUGAAGAAUGUCUCUUGCUUCCUGCAUCCAAAAAUGAAAUAAGAAAAGAAAAGAAAAGAAAUGACUGGACUGGACUGGAUGUGUACAUUCCAGCAAGAACUUUCUAAUAUUUUUUUUAGUAUCUUAGAAUGGAUUGAAUUGAAAUCUGAGUUUCCUGUUUUCAAUCCUAAGCAUUAGUUGUAAGCGAACUCACUCUAUUUCUCGAAUAAUGAUAACACUACUGUUUUGCACCGACUUUAACCCUGCACUCUUUUAUCAGACAUUUAAAAUAACAGUUCCUGCCUCUCUUUUACUCGAUUUUAAGUCUUGAGUCUUAAGAUUCCCCAGAAAUCCAAUUAGCUCAUGUUUCUAUCCCUGUAUGACUUUUUACUAGAAAUUGACAAAUGAGUUGAUGAUGCAAUCAGGGAAACAUGCUCACAGUCUUCCUCUCCUUUCUUGCUCUCACCUUUUGUCAGUGUUCUUGGAGUCAUCUUUCAUUUAUGUGAAUCACUACCCUCUUCAGUAACAAAACUAUACAGCGCUUAACAUGGGACUGUAUAGAAGUCAAUAGAUGUAGUGUACUAGUUAUUAUUCUACAGAAAAUAAAGUAUAUUCCAGUCAAAACCUGAAA